GAUUCCCCGGUCUCUCUAUGAUUCGGCCUCUCUCUCUCGCUCUCUCCUCUCUAUGGUCAGCUUCCGGAGCCCAGCUGUUUGGAGACCGGAAGUGUCCGUAGCAGCGCAGCCCUCGGGCUCCAGUCACCCAGACUCCGGCAGCCAUGUCCCGCAAGCAGGCGGGGCGGGGCCGGCCCGGGAAGAAGGCCGAGCUGGAGCGGAAGAGGGACGAGAGGACGGCUCGGAGAGCGCUGGCCAAGGAGCGCAGGGACCAGGCGGGGGAGGCGGCCGACACCGGGGAGUUCGUCAGCUUCGCCAACCAGCUGCAGGUCCUCGGCCUCCGCAUGCGCGAAGUACCGGGAGACGGGUCAGUGAGAGAGUCUGAGGGGAGGGGAGGCCGCCAUCUUGGUACUCACAGGCUACUGAGGGGGUCCGCCGCCAUCUUGGUACUCACGGGCUACUAAGGGGGUCCGCCGCCAUCUUGGCACUCACAGGCUACUAAGGGGGUCCGCCGCCAUCUUGGUACACUCAGGCUACUAAGGGGGUCCGCCGCCAUCUUGGUACACUCAGGCUACUAAGGGGGUCCGCCGCCAUCUUGGCACUCACAGGCUACUAAGGGGGUCCGCCGCCAUCUUGGCACUCACAGGCUACUAAGGGGGUCCGCCGCCAUCUUGGUACUCAAGGCUACUAAGGGGGUCUGCUGCCAUCUUGGUACUCACAGGCUUCCGAAGGGGUCCGCCGCCAUCUUGGUACUCACAGGCUACUAAGGGGGUCUGCCGCCAUCUUGGUACUCACAGGCUUCCGAAGGGGUCCGCCGCCAUCUUGGUACUCACAGGCUACUAAGGGGGUCCACCGCCAUGUUGGUACUCACAGGCUACUAAGGGGGUCCGCCACCAUCUUGGUACUCCCUUAGUACAUGGAGUGAGCUGCUGGAUUUAUUGACUGAAUGUCCAGCUGUGAUCCCUCUCUUAGAUCAUGCUCUUGGUCUAUAUUUUCCCUGUAAGCGUCCAAUGAUUAUUAAACCAUUAAGUACCAUUAUGGUGGAUGACAUAUUUCCAUUUGUUGGAGCCACCCCUAGUCCAUCAUUAUUAUCUAGAUUUAUGAUGGUUGUGAUUACUUACACUGUUUACUAGAUUAAUUCAAAGAGUCAACCUAAAGAACAUAACCACCACAGUGGUUUUGGUUUUGUUGCCCUGCAUGUCCCAUUACCCAGGACUUUCAGGUUCCAUGAGAGCUUUACUGCGAUGAUGUUAUGGUUCCCGGAGUGUAAACUUUUAUGAAGUAUUUCACUCCCAAUAUUAUUUCAGAUAAAAUUUCAUUGAAAAAGUAAAGUUAGCCCUGCUUUGUCUUCUGGUCACGUCUGAAGUUGACAAAAGUGUAGGUCCUUCUGCCUUUAUCUUCCCACAGCGACUGUAAGUGACAGCAGAAACAAAGCUCUUUGUUUUUGAGAGUUGGUCUUUUGACUGUAACUCGUUCUUGUGGGGUAUAUCUUAGUGCUGUCCUCCUGCACAUACGUGAGGGCACAGCAGUGAUGCGGGCUAAUGGUGAAUGAAGCAACAGGAAGACAGAAGUAUAUUUUCUAUCAGCUUCACCUCUGUGUCGCUAUUCAUUGGGAUGUUGUGAAUUCACCAGGGAAUUGCAAGUUUCUGGUCAAAACACCUGAGCUGGAAACAUAGAAAAACUUACAGAAUAUUUUUUGUUAAUUUGUGAUGGCCUAAAUUUCCCCCGUAGUGAAAAACCCUGUUUGUGUCAAAGUCCUCCAGCUGUAAACUUUGACACUCAUUUCCUUUAUUGCUGUACAGAUUAUCAUUAGAAACACAAUCUACAAUAGGCAGAGUGCCAGCGACUGAUUACCAUACUUCUAGGUGUAGAGCUGAGAUAUAACUUGAAUGAUUCCAAUGGUGUUAGAUACAACAGGGCUCCCUGCGAUGGGCUCAUUAUGAAAUGCUUAUAUUACUUUGGAAAUACAUUCUCAAAGGAGAGAAGAGUGCCUGGGACUGUCAGAAUGCAUGCUAUGUUUAAAGGUAAGAGUCUGCUGACUCUUCUCGUCCAGUACAAUGCUUCUCAUAGGGAAGCAUUGGGGACACGAUGGCCACGUGUUCCAAAAUUCUCCAAUCACUGCCGCUAUAAGCAACAUUUGAUUAAAGGACCAAUGUUUACUUUAGUAGCUGUCAGGAAACUGUGAUGUAAAUAUUACAGAGUCUACAAAAAUGAGAUGAAUUGGUCUGGCUCCAUUCAAUGGUUAUUUAAUUUAAGUAUUUUUCUGAUCUGGGGGACUGACUGUAAAUUCUAAUGAUAAGUUUGAGUUUGUUAAAUUCAACAAGUCAUCAUACUUUUAAAAAAAUUGCUUUUCUUUUUGCUGCAGGAACUGUUUAUUUCGAGCUUUGGGCGAUCAGUUCGAGGGACAUUCCCGAAACCACCUGAAAUAUCGGCAAGAGACGGUGGAUUACAUGGUCAAACACCGGCAUGAUUUUGAACCCUUUGUUGAAGAUGACGUCCCUUUUGACAGGCACGGUGAGCACAGUAUAGAGAAGUUGGAUUAUAGUGUUAGCAGUAGACAGCAACAAGAUCUUAAUGUCCUUUUCUCUUUUAGUUGCUAAUUUGGCACAACCUGGCACGUUUGCCGGCAAUGAUGCUAUUGUGGCAUUUGCACGGAAUAAUCAAGUGAACGUGGUGAUACACCAACUAAAUAAUCCCCUGUGGCAGGUAACCGUUCGUUGCUAAAUAACAAGCUAAUUAAAAGGAGGGUAAUUUCACAGUCAGGUCAGUGCUCCAGAUUUUCAGAGGUGCAUAGACCUUUAAAUAUAGAAAAUCAGUGCACUUGGCUUGAUUUCUCAUAUGACAGCGUGACAAACUCUAAACUCAGAAUUUACUCUAAUGCUGAGUCUGUUAAAGGGAGACUCCUGGCAGCCUGAUGCAAUAUAGAGGUUAACACUUGGUUAUGUGGGAGGUAUUAUUUUUUUCUCUAUUCAGUCAUCUUUAGUUGUGUUGUGUUUGUAAUAUGAAAUAAGUAGUUUUACUCCAUGAGAUCACCCUUUCUGCCCCUCUAUCUUCUUCCAAAAAUAAUUUCUGUACAUGCUGUCAUGUUAGGAUUCUGGGCAUUGUAGUUUAGUUAGUUUUGUGUAAUAGAAUGUUGACAUUCAGGACCCCGUGUUCUGCCUAUAAAGCUCGGGUGGUCAGCACUUUAAUGUCAAGUAGUGAGAUUGGCUGGCUGAUUUUGAUUCCUGGUUUUGUAAGUGGUCACUGCAGACAAUUCAUGGUUUAUGGCUUUGCGUAAAAAUCAAACGCCUCAAAUGUGAACAGUAUUUUCGUUUUAGUAUUUGUAAAUUUGCAUUAUUUAUAUAAUACAUGCUAGGGAUGCACCGAAAUUCUUGGCCGAAAACGGGUCAAAUUUGUCGAAAUUUUAAUAACAUUUGUUUGUUUUUUUUAGUGUAUAGUUUAACAGACAUGCUUGCAUUAACAAUUCAGAUGAUUAUAUAUCACAAUGAAAGAUAGUAAUGAUAACAUUAAAAGUCAAGAAUACAGCACUUGGCACAGGGAGGGGGGAGAACACUAUAGGGGGAAGAACGCUAAAAAAGAGGGAGGGGGAACAUUGGGACAGGAAGGGGGAGAAAACAUGGGACAGGGAAGGGGAGAAACCAUGGGACAGGGAAGGGGAGAAAACUGGGACAGGGAAGGGGAGAAAACUGGGACAUGGGGGAGAAACACUAUGGGACAGGGAGGGGGAUAACGCUUUGGGACAGGGGUGGGGGAUAAUGUUAUGGGACAGGGUGGGGGGAGAAAACUAUGGGACAGAAAACUAUGGGACAGGGGAGGGGAGAAAACUAUGGGACAGGGAAGGGGGGAGAAACUAUGGGACAGGGAAGGGGAGAAAACUGGGACAUGGGGAGAACACUAUGGGACAGGGAGGGGGGGAUUAUGGGACAGGGGGAGGGAUAACGUUAUGGGACAGGGGAGGGGGGGGAUAGCGUUAUGGGACAGGGGUGGGGAUAACGUUAUGGGACAGGGGUGGGGGAGAAACUAUGGGACAGGGAGGGGGAUAAAAUUGGGACAGGGGGGGAAAGAACUAUGGGAUGGGGGAGAGAAAACUAUGGGACGGGGGGGAGAGAAAACUAUGGGACAGGAGAGGGGAGGAGAGAACACUAAAAAAGGGGGAGAAAACUAUGGGACGUGGGACAACAUUAUGGGAGGGGAGGAGAGAACACUAUGGGACUGGGGGGAGAACACUAUGGGACAGGGGAGGAGAGAACACUAAAAAAGGGGGAGAAAACUAUGGGACUUGGGAGGGGGGAUAACAUUAUGGGACAGGGGAGGGGAGGAGAGAACACUAUGGGACAGGGGAGGGGGGAAAGAACACUAAAAAAGGGGGAGAAAACUAUGGGAUAGGGGAGAGGGUAUAACUCUGUGGGACGGGGGAGGUGGGGUAGAACACUAUGGGAGGGGAGGUGGGGGAGAAAAAUAUACUAUGGGACGGGGGGGGAGGGGGAACAUUAAGUGACCAUUAAUCCCCCUGACCGCUAAAAGAGAAGGGACGUUUUUCAUAUUAGAUUAAUUAAAUUCAUUAAAAAGUCUAAUAUUAACAAAAUUUUAGGGAAAAAACUACUUUUUAAAUCAUUUGAGGAAAAAAGUCAUUUUUUUUUUUUCAGCCAAGGGCAUCCUGAAUUUUUGGUUUUGGCCCAGAAUUUUCAUUUCGGUGUAUACCCAAUACAUGUAGAAAUAGAGUGGUUCUAAUCCACUCUGAAGUGUCCCUUUCAACACAACGAAAUAAUAAAUAUUCUGAGAUUUCAGACUAAAGGACCAUAAAUGAGUUGUUUGGUAAAGAGUUGUAUGUGCUACGUAUAAAGACAUUACAAAUCUCUAAUCUCAUCCACAUGGGUGAGUGGUGCCUUGUUGAGAGAUUUUGUGACCUAAAAAAGAAAGAAGGUUGCGCCUGUAUUACAUUGAAAUAUAUGUGAGAACAUAAGAAAGUAGAGAAGGAAAAACUCCAAUGGUACAGUAUGUAUAUACAAUAUUUUUAGAGGUUAUAUGAGGUGAAAUAUUACUCACACUUUACAGAGCUAAAAUCCAGCUCUGGUUUAUAAGGCGUAAAGUGGUAUAAUCCCCACUCAAGCAUAUGUGUAGUUCUCCAAGCUUCUGAUCGUGUGUACCAACAGGGAUUCCAACCGAAAAAAUAAGAUUGCAGAAUACAGUGCUCACUGUAACUAUAAGACCAGUGGUGAAUAUAAAAUGUAAGAGAUAUACUCACAAUUUGCCGAGCAGGCUCACUGCUCGUUGUGUAGCGCGUAGGUGGUAAAAUCCCCACCUGGGAUUCUUUGGUCUUCCUAAGAGACAGCAGGGGUGAUGCCAGGCAUAAACAAAAACUAAGUCAAAAUAAUAAAGGAAUAUGGCAAAAGUGGUAUAGCUAAAAAUUAUUUUAUUUAAAUUAAGCAAUUAAAGUUUCUAAACGUGUUUCGCCUCACAGAAAAAAAGAAGCGCUGAUCCAUCCCUGAUCUCUGUUUUGAAAAAUAUAUAUUUUUUGAUUAGCAGUUUCAUGUGUAUGUUAUUAAUUGAUGCAGCACCCUGUUAUACCAGCACACUCUCCAUCCGGGUGAAACCCCUUGAUAUCUGGAUUUGAGAGCUGUUAAUUUCAGGAAAUUGAUAUUUGUAGCCAAUUGAGAAUUGUUUUCCCGAUGUCAUGUGCUUUUUUCAGUUUUUUGACAAUACGCAGCCAAAUUAACCUUUUUGUCCACAUGGUAGAAAUUGCCACAAAAUGUUUCCACCUAAACUUAUAGAUAUCUGCUGCAUGAGAAUGUCUCUGCAAUUAUUCCUGUAGUAUUCUAUUUCUUACGUGAAUUUUCUGCAUGAAAUUGAAUCCUAAAUACCAUCCAAUGUUCACAUUUAGACCCCUCUUUGGGUGUACAGGCCUCAUCUUGUUUGCUUAAUGUAUGAGUAACUCUAAUCUUUGUCUUCUGGCAUCUUCCAUUGAACACAUUAAACGUUUAUUUAUUGUUUGGCUUUGUGAGUGAAUGCAUCAGUCUCCUGCAGGACAUAUUUGGUAUUUUCACUCUGGCAAGAUAACGUUUAUGUCCUUGCAGACCAUUGAUGUAAAUGUAGGUUAGAGCUGGGAUGGUAUCAGAGGGGGCUGUAGGGACAAGUCUCCUGGGUCUUCUUUUGUACUUGUGCAGGAUUGAAUGAAUUUGUGACAAGGCGUCCUUUUGUCUCUCUCCAUUUGGUGCAUUAUUUCUCAGUCGUUGCUAAGUGUCAGUCUGUUUGUUCUUCUCAAUUAAAUGUCGUGCCAAAGGAAAUAUUUGUAGGGAUCAAAUUAAAUGUCAGCUGUAACAUCACUAAGGAAACCUUUCUCUUUUGUGCCUUUCAGAUCCGAGGGAGUGAGAAAGCCAAUUCCCUUGAGCUACACAUCGCCUAUCGCUACGGCGAACACUACGACAGCGUCCGACGUAUUAAUGAUAAUACAGAGACCCCAGCAAAUCUACAUACCGAGGUCAAUCUGCAUUUUACAGGCGAUGGAAUUCAUUUUUCAGUAAAUUCACAUGGUGUAGAGUAGCGAGGCAUACAGAUGUGUGUGUGUGUGUGUGUGUGUAUCUAUUUAUGUGUCAUUUUUUAACACUCUGCUUCAUCUUCCAGUUGAUUUUUUCCCCCUAUCAAUCUAGAGAGUUUAUUUAUCUUAAAUUACUUCUAACAGUCAAUUUUUUUGUGUUAUUCCCAUGUCCAUUUAUUUGACAUUUUAAUAACCUGGACAUUUUACGUGAUCUGUCCCUAAAUAAAGUAGGUGGGUGUGAUAUUCCCCUUUAUGGCUGUAAUAUUUCCGUGUUUUAUUUUCUAACAUGUAAUUAAGCCAUCACAGCUGUUUACUUCAAGUAUGGCAGCUGAAGGGGAGGUAUGAGUGCAUUCAGUUUAACAUAUAUGAGCGUGUAUAGCGCAUUAUGUGCGCAUGUCAGAAGUCAGUGGUCUAGUAAAUUGCAGUCAAUCUGUUUUUACUAAAGAUUAUUGGAGCAGACUGAAUAGAUUACUUUUCCUAACCUCAGUUUGCACCAACCUUUCACACAUUUGUAAAUUGCAAGUCUCUGACCUCUUCUCUGCAUUACUAUGCAAUUCAAGUGAUAUUAAUGUGUACUUACCAAUAGGAUCUUGAUGUUCUGUAAAAUUAAAGGCAUCAACAUUGUAUCACUUCAUCAAAUGCCAAGUUCAGUAACUUAGGGUAGAUUAUCUUUAAACAGAAAUAAAACGUGAUUAAUGUAUAAUAAAGGUUGCUAGACAUGACAUUACUACUAUUUUGGGGUCAAGAAGAAUUUUUUUCCUAGUUUGUUGCAAAAUUGGAAGCGCUUCUUUUGGAUCAGCAAAAACAUGUGAGGAAGGCUGAACUUGAUGGACACAAGUCUCUUUUCAGCUGUGUAACUCCUUCCUAAAAUCAAACGCCCCCUGUGUCACAUUGCCUUUAUGUGUUGCACUCAGCAAGCUGUUUAUUUCCUGGAGUCUGAUAUGUUUACGUUUAUACAUUUCAUUUUAUUAUCCACCUAGUCCGUUCCAUUUGACAGAUGAGUACACUAUGCCUGUAGGUUGUCUUUAGUGCAGAGGCUGUUCUCACAUAGCUUGGAGUCCUGAUAGUGGCAGGAAAAACUGAAAACUUUAUUCGGAGUCUUUUCCCUGAUCCCGGAGCGUGCUUUGACAAUCCUUCAACAGGUCGUCUAACUCUUCCUUUUCUGUUUGUUUUCAGAUGCUUUCAAAAGACGAGUCCAAUCGGAAGGGGAAACCUAGGUUAAACCUCAAAGAGGACCAAGCAGAACUGCAGGGAGACCCUGUGCAGAAAGUGCGCAAUGCAACUGGCUGUGCGGUGCGUGCCACAAAAUGUCUGAAUGGUGAUUCUUUCACUAAAAGUGUUUAAUUUGACAUUUAUUUCACAAAUAGUUACUGUAAUAUGGCUUGUGUUGCAGCAGACACCCGAAACACUCUCUGACCCCUCAAUAUAUAUCUAAACUACAGUUCCCAUGAAUUUCUGACUUAUUGCAUUCAACGAAUUCUGGAAAUUGUAUGCCAUUGUCCAUCGCUGCUUAGACUUGUUUGUGAGUCUGGAAUUAAACUAAUCUUAAAGGGACACUGUGCUUAUAGCCAGCCCCUGCAGGCUUUUCAAUGUAAAUGCUGUCUUUUCAGAGAAAAUGGAUUGUUUACAUUGCUGCCUAGUAACACCUUUAGUUACAGUCACUCCACAGUGUGCAGCAUCUGUUCAGUGUCGCCACGUUCUGCAUCGAGACCCUGAACUCUCCUUAUAGAGAUCCAUUGAUUCAAUGCAUCUUUAUGAGGAAAUUCUGAUUGGUGUAACAUGGCGUUUUGUUGCGCUUGCGCAAUUGCUUCUCAAUACUUUUCUAUGGGAAUGCAUUGGAUUGGCUGAGAUCAUCAAGGUUGAUUAUCUCAGCCAUGGAGGUGGAGCCAGCCUUGGUGAGACUGGCCCAGUGAGGGAGAAAGAGAGAGUAAAAUCUCCUUUUAUUGAGACUGGAGGGGGGGGCUAGUCACCCAUUUAGUUUAAUACUAUAAUGUUAGAAAUACAUGUUUCAAUUCCUGACACUAUAGUAGUGUAGUAAUCUCACUGAAAAUACUCAGCUUACAUAAAAAAAUGAGCUAACCCUCAAGGACUGCAGUCCUUCCAGCAGUUUAAGCACAUCAACAACUGUGAGUAGUGAGUGUAGUUGCUAGAUUUCCCUCUCACUAGCUUAAAAACAGCGAUGAAUGUGAAAACCUUUGUUUACAUAAUAUUAUCAGAUGAGUAUUUUGUGUGGAAGUUAUAUACCAUUUAAUCUAUUGAAGGAAGGUGGGAAGCUUUGUCUAUUUCCCUAAGGUACACUUUUAUAUAUCCUCAUUUGGGUUAGUGUUUCUGGAUUGAAAGUGCAAUCAGUUACCAUGUGUGUUCAUGCAGUGGCUAUAGUUGUUCUGACAAACAGGCUUCCAGUGGUUAUGUUUCUACAUUACUACAAAAACCAAGAAAGGAUAAAAGCUGCUCUGAGUUCCGCAGUGGCGUAUGGUACUCCAUCUAACAUCCCCCAGCCAAAUGGUGAUUGUUUUGCUCCAUUCGGCCACCCUUGUAACCAGUACCAGGGAAAAUAUAGCAAUUAAUUUCCUAUGGUCAUUCAGUCAGCUUUACUAACAUUAUCACAUAAUAAGAGUUGUUGCUGACACACAGUGUGUAUUUUCUCAUAUUAGGAUGUCAGUCUGAUCCUGCAGAGUUUGGAGGCGGAAAGCUACGACAUUGAGUCUGCAAUCCAGUUCGUUCUGCAGAUGGUGGAACUGAAACAAAUUGGUAUAUAUUGCGUGUUUGUGUCUCUCAACUUCAUGUAACGGCAGCACGUCCUAGAGAACAUAGAAAUGUAUCCGAUUAUAUUAAAGAACAUAAAACUUUUUAUCUAUAUGUUUGCAGAAAUGUUAAUAAAUGUGACGUUUUGUCUUUAUUUGUAUACUUAAAUAUUUUUUUUUUUAAAUGCCCGGAGCCUUCUGGCACUGUAAGCACUUUAUUUAGAUGAAGUUGCUAUGGUGCUGUAUGAUGACUUAACUGUCCCUUUAAGGAAAAGUCAUGACAGGUCCACUCUGACACUGAGAGGUUCUUUGUGUAGUUAUUAUUCUAUCCUUUUAUUGACAGAUUGUGACCUGGACUGUGUGGCUGAGGCAAGCAACGCUUGGGACCCGAGUGAGUCAGAAAGAUCAGAGACCAGACCAUUGCAAGUAAAGGGCAACAUCAGCAGCAAAUUAAAUGACCAUAAAACACAGAGCAAACCAGAUUUAAAUACCCCCCAGGACGUCCCUCCCAAGGACAAUUCCAGGACAGCAAAAGAAAGUAAUGAAAGCUCUGGUCAGAUAAAGGUAACUGCAAAGGGGAGACCAAUGACAGAGCACUCACACUUGCUCUGUGGAGGGAGAUUGCAUUGUACAAUAGCUGAUGGUGUUGGUAGAACAGUCGCUGUAUAUUAACUGAUCAUGUGAUGGGUUUCCAAUACGUUUUCUGCUCUCAUUCCUAGGUGAGCAACAAGCAAAGGAAGGAGCAGCUGCGACAACAGAAGAAAAAGCGCCAGGAGGAGCGACACAGGCAGAAAGUGCUGGAGACACGCUGCAAUAACAUUGAUAACAACCGGCAAGAAGCAGACAUGGACCAAUCACAGAGAACCGUAGUGAAGGCGGUCGCUGCCCUGAAUAUCUGACGUCAUUUCUAGAGGACCACAUUGGACACGUUCAGGAUGGCGGUUAUAAAUCUACAUAUCCUGUGAAAGCCCUUUAGUGCCUUGUCUGCCCCAGCUAUCUCCUCCCUAAUAAAGUGAGAUGCAUGCUGGGAGAUAACAUGGCAUUCCUUAAGUUAAUUCAAAAAAUAUAUACUGUAUGAUAAAUUAUAUUUUUAAAUAAAUAUGUAAAUAGUUGUUUGGGAGAUUUUUUUGUUUCUGGACAUGAAUAAAUGCUAAUCUGCUGAUUUCAGGAUAGCCAAUCAUGGCUGUCCAUUCACGGAUUACUCCUAAAGCUCUGACGUAAUGGUUGCAAUGCCCUGUAUUACAUUCCAAGAGUAUUUAUUGAAAUGUGUCGCUCUGUUUUUUACAGUAAGCCACCUGACACAGCCAGUUGGGGGAUCAGAGGGACUGUGCACAGGUUGUGCCACCACAACGUUGUGUGACUUGACGGUCGGGACGUAUCGUAGGGAAAAUAUGACAUUUCAGAGCCAGGCCUUUGUCCUGCAACGUAUGUUCUCGAAAAUAUGUGC